AUGAUGUUCAAUCAACAUUUAUCAAUCAUUGAGUAUCCAUAUCUUUUUGAAUUGGAUCUUGUUGACGCUCAUGAUGAUUAUAUCGAACAAUUUCUUGUUGAUACGAAAACCUGUUUACCAAAUGGUGUUUAUCUUUCUGUUGAUUAUCAAGCAUUGAACAGAGAGACACAAGAAUUUACAAGAAAUACAACACGAUUAAAUUGUAUAAAACUACGUUGUUUAGGUCUAAAUGGUAUAUGUGAAAUUCCUAAAUAUUGUGUGAGUUAUGACAAUCGUGGCUGUGGUCGAUCAUCAGCACCGUGGACACUCGAAUAUACAACAAUUCAAAUGGCCGAAGAUGCCUUGGAACUGAUUGAUCAUUUGCGUUGGUCUCAGUGUCAUGUUGUGGGUGUCUCUAUGGGUGGAAUGAUUGCAUUAGAAUUAGCUCUUUUGGCACCUCGUAGAAUUCUCUCACUCACCCUUAUGGCCACACACGCUGGUGGUUUGGUUGGUCAAGCACCGCUUAUUGGCCUUCGUCAUAUUAUGAAAACGUUCACUAUCCGUGACGAAGAUCAACUCGUAAACAAUGCCUUGGCCAUGCUCUACGGUCCAAAAACACUAAGCGAUCCUGACAAACGACAGUAUUUCUACGAUUAUCAUCGCGAACGUUUCAAAACUCGUGUUCCCCUAUCACCGGUCGGUAUGUUCGGUCAGAUGUUUGCCGUUCAACGACACUAUAUAAGCUAUGCUGAUCUAUUAAAAAUUCGCUAUUCCAAUUUUCCUUGUUUAAUUAUGGUGGGCACGGAAGAUCGGCUCGUACGUGAAACUAAUUCGUACAUGUUACAACGAACGCUUGGAUGUCGUCUCGUCAAACUUGAACAUGCAGGGCAUGACUUGGGAGGAGAAUGUGCCCAACAAGUCAAUGAAGAAUUAUUAGUUCAAGGUUUACAACGUGUUGAAGAUGAACACUAUUUGAAAAUAACAGCUGAUUGUAAAGCAUAUAAUGCAUACGAUUUAGAAAAUUGGAUUGGUACUGACCGUUUUCAUUUUAACGCAAAAAUAAGCGAUCAAGAUCUAAUCGAAACAUGUAUUCAUGAUGCUCAUGUUGCAAGUAUCAUGUGUAGUUACAAUACAAUUAAUGGCAUACCGAAGGAUACAGUUGCUGUAGCUCUUCAUACCGGUACAGAUCUCAACUGUAGUGAUUUCUAUUUAAAACAUACAAAAGACGCACUCGAUAACAAAACUAUUGUUGAGAAAGAUACUGAUCGUGCCCUUGAACAUACAUUCAAUGUUCUAAUUCGGCUCGGCUGGUUUGAUCCAUCUGAACAACCAUUUUAUCGACAGUUGACAAAAGCCGAUGUCGAUACACCUGAAUCACGAAAAUUAUCAUUAGAAAGCGCUCAAUAA